AUGACUGGGGGCAUUACCGCAGAAAAGGACCUCUACCUUGGCAACAUCUACCAUUCACUGGAGCACCUGCCGCAGUGGUACCAGGUCGUUGCCCUUUCUGGCUUGUUUUUUCUCUUUCCACUUCGCGAGAUUGCGGUGGUCGGAUGGCUCGCCGCUUCCCUCCACAACUCCUUUGGAACCGAAAUUGUGUGGUCAGACGAAUACCAGCGACUUCUCGAGCAGACGUCCUUCAAUGAGCGAAUCUGUUUUACCCUUUACGGUGUUGCCUUAUCCCUUUUAGCGUUCCUUUCCUACCGACUGUUUGCGAGUGGUGUCGUGCAUCGUGGGCUACAGGAAUCUGGCCUGAGUGGGGGGCGUAAAUGGUGGCCUGCCGCCAUUCUCUUUGGACUCCUCGGAUGCGAAGCCAUGGCAUCUCUGAGAGAGAUUGUGGCCCGAACGCUUUCUGACCCAACGUCGCCGGGGUAUCUCGCCCUACAAGGAUUUCAAGGUAUAGAAAACACUAACUUUGAUCCUCUUCUUGUGAACAGCAACCCCCAUUUUGUGAUUCAAUUAGAAAUUCUAAAGGUUUUGCUACUAUCUUUUUUGGAGCAUGUAGUGCCCGCCGUGAUAAUUGCAUGUUUGUAUCGCCUAGUAAGAGAUGUGCCUCGAAGGGCUCAUGCGGCAAUGCGCUGGUAUAUUGUUACAAUCAUGCUGUCCCGCUCACUGGUGGAGUUUUACUUUAUGUACCGAGGUAAUGAGUGGGAGCGGUGGAGUUCAUGGAUUUUGUUCUCGUCUACGCUUGUAUUCCUUGGAAUGGUAAAUUACGCAUUUGGUCCCUCGAAACGCGGAGGUUGGACCGCGGCGACAUCUAUGGUGUCAUCAGUCAACCAAACCAUUAAAGGCAUUGUCAAAUGCACAACACUUUUUUUCGUCGUUUUUGUAUGUGCUCUGGCCUUGGUGGUAAGUGUUCAUGUGGUGGAAUUGCUGCUUAUUUGGCUUAUUAUCUUCCUGAUGAUGGUUUGGAUUCCGGCCAUCAUUGAUUCCUGCUCGACGGAGUACUCUCUCUGCAUUGUCACAGCUAUCUCGUUCAUUGCGCAUCAAAUGGAUUACCUGACGGACGCCGGCUCUCUACGUCUCUGGGGACUUCUUUCUGUUUGGUGGCUAAAUCUCUGCCUCUUUUAUAAUUUUGCCACCAACGCGUGUCGCUCCCGCUACGGUGGGAUUUUAGCUGUUUCCAUGUUGUUUGCGGUCAGCUGGCACAUGACGGGGCACAAUGACAAGUCCGGUGACGUGGUUUCUUUUCUAGAGCGCAGCGCGGCUGCGCUACGCGAUGUUGUCGAAGGCCGCUUACUUGUAAACGCAAGUGACUCGGUCGAAACAAAGGCGGAGUUGAUGGUAUACACCUCUGCCCUCAACGCCGGGCUUACCGCGUGCGCGCUGCUCAUUAUGUGUAUAGGGCUCCUCGGCCUGUGCGGGGGGGCGGCGGCACGUUCGCGAUUACUUGGAAAAAACAUUGUCCUAUUGACGCCUGGGGUUCUUUUUCGUAAAUUCGUAAAGACCUUCAUUCUUGGCGUCUGUUGUCUCAUCUUCCUGGUGACAGGGCUUAUGCUCUACCGCCUUCUUCCCCAACUCGCGAUGUUCACCCCAGAUUUUUUUACCUUUGUAAUGGCAGUGGGCCUGGCCUGUACAAUACUGGGUGGACUUAUGGACAUGCAGGAAUUCCUGUAUCUGUCGUUCAUGCGAAUCAUUGGCAUCAUUGAUCCGCCCGCGGUGAACGAAUAUGAGAAGGACUUCGAUCGCAGCCCUCUUGGCGUUGGAGCCAGUUCGGGGUUGACAAAAAGUUAG